AUUUCAGUGAUAAGAAAGAAAAGUGUAUUCAUUUGGAAAUACAAGAUGGUCCAUUGGAAGUUUCUCUGCUCACUAAUCACUGGAUUCAUUUUCAUCACUGUGGUGAAUAGUAAUAAUCAAUGUGGAGCACCAACUGAUAUCAAGAAUGGUUAUAAAAAAGGUUCAGUGUAUGAGUUUCCAGCAAAUGUAACGUACUUCUGUAAUAUGGGUUAUGAACUUGAAGGAAUUUCCACAAUCUACUGUUUGCCUAAUGGAGAAUGGAGUAAUGAAGCACCUGUAUGCAACAUAAUCCAGUGUCCUGAUCUUCAACGACCGGAGCAUGGAGCAGUUAGUUAUAGUGAAAAGACAUAUAAAUCAACAGCAGAAUACACUUGUGAUAGUGGUUACCAACUGCACGGAGAAAAAGAACGCCUUUGUCAAGCAGAUAAGGAGUGGAGUGGUGAUGCACCGACUUGUGAAAAGACUACCUGCCCUUUCCCAAACAUUCCUGGUGGUGAGGUCAUACAAAUAACAGGUGGAAACCAUGGUGGUGCUAUCGUCACAUUCCGAUGUGUUGGAACGGAAUCUAAAGAUGAAGUAAGAGCUUCAUGUCUAGAUACUGGUGCUUGGUCUAAAAGUCCUCCUGAGUGUAAAGUUACUUACUGUCCUGAUCCUCAAAAGCCACAUCAUGGAGAUGUUCAGUAUUCAGAAAAGAUUUACAAUUCCAAGGCAGAAUACAGUUGUGAUGAUGGAUAUAAACUUUAUGGAGAAAAAGAACGUUACUGUCAAGAAGAUGGGAAGUGGAGUGGUGAGGAACCAGUCUGUAAAGAUGUUGAUAAAGGUUCAGCUUGCAAGCAUGAAAACGUUAUCUGUGAGUAUAUAACAGUUCAUUUUUCAAACCUGUUAGAUCUAGUUUUGAAGAGUAAACAAUAUUUCAGUUUUUGGGUGAUAUGUUUCAAUUGGCCAUAGCUUUAUUCAUAUAUUUCAACUUUUAUAGUACACAGAAAAUAAAAACGAAAAAAACAAAUAAGUGAAUUUAAUAUGAAAUUUUUACAUUUGAUCAGAAUUCUUUAAAACUGUUUGCAGUAACGUGCCUUAUUAAUAGCAGGAAUAAUUAAGUUUCUCACAAAGAACUUCUGAAAUUAUUUUUGUCAUUAACUUUUUGAUCUUAACAUGUUCAAAACUAACCCUAUUGCCUUACAAAUCAUGUUAUAAGUAAACCUACCACAUGACACCCAAAUGUCUACUCAACUACUUAGUGUACAGUAAUUGGAUGUUAUAUGUGUGUUUGCCAAAAAAAAUUUAAAUAAAACCUGAAGAAGAUAAUGUACAGUGUCUGCUACAACACAACACUGUCUACAUGAAUCACUAGGUUAAGUACCUUUAGAUCACCAGCAUAUACAUUGUAUACUACAAC